AUGACCACAAGGCAACAACAGUUAACCAACUUCUUAAGAACUUGGAGCAGGACUUGGCUAACCAUAGAUCUUGAGAUGCACUCUCUUCUAGGUAUUAAACGAUUGGGUGGUUUUCUUAGCCAUCGCAAGCAAUGUUUCAUUCGUAAUUUGCUAGGAAAACUCAAGCUCUCUUUUAUUGAUUUGCUAGAACAAAAAAAAGAUCAUAUCGAUGCUUUUCUUGUCAGAAAGCUUUGGCCGAUUUUGGACUUCGAUUUUGAUUUUGUUCCCUCUACUGGGGCCUCGGGUGGUCUUUUGCUGAUUUGGAAUUCUGCUCGUUUGAAUAAUAUUUCAGUAAUGAAAGGUGACCGUUGGAUUUGCUUGGAAUUCUUCUUUAACUCCCAUUAUAUUCAACAUAUUCUCAUUUACGCUAGUAAUUUAGCUUCGAAAAUAUCUUCUUUAUGGGCUGUACUACUUCCUCUUACCUGCUUCUCCGAUAUGGUCUUUAUUACCGGUGAAUUCAAUAAAAUUUUAACUUCUAAAGAGCGCUUGAAUUGUGUGGGUUUCUCUGCUUCCAUGCUAGCUCUUCAGAAUUUUCUUAACGAAUCAAAAUUAAUAGACCUUCCGCUUCAAGGUCAUACAUUCACCUGGAGAAAUUCUUACUCUAAAUCUAGAAUAGAUAGAAUCUUUGCAUUUAUUUUAGCAGCUAAUACUUGGAGUUCUCUUUCUUUAUUUGCUUUGCCUAACAGAUAUUUUGACCAUGCUCCUUUGUUGUUGCAAUCAGACUUAAAAAUUGAAUAA